CAGUCCCGCCAUCAGCCCCUACCCGCCGCUAAUAAUAUUCGACCGCGUCGAACUUGCUGGCCAAUUACUUUCAGACUAGCUCUAGUUCUACUUCAAACCUUUAAUCGAGUUCAAGACACGAAAUAACGCGCUUUAUCAUGUUCUUCAAGUCCGUCGCUGCCCUUGCCACCCUCUCGCUCGCAGCCGUGCCCGUUGUGCGCGCUGCCCAGCAUGCAGUAACCGUCGGAGGACCCGGAAUCCUCAAGUUCGAUCCUGAGACUUUGACCGCCGAUCCAGGAGACACUAUCAUCUUCACCUUCAAGCAGAAGAACCACACCGUCAGCCAGUCGACAUUUGCCAACCCAUGCCAACUCAUGGACGGCGGCUUCGACUCUGGCUUCGUACCAGUGGCAGACAACAACACCAACGGCCCCUUCCCCACCGCCCAGUUCACCGUGCAAGACACCAACCCCGUCUGGGUGUACUGCCGCCAGGCGAACCACUGCCAGCAGGGCAUGGUCUUCGCCGUCAACCCCGGCGACAAGUUCCCAGCCUUCCAGGCCGCCGCCACCGGCAACACCACCUCCACCAAUUCGACGUCCACCACCAACUCUACCUCCACCGCGACGACAGCGUCCGUGGUGACCGUCACCGCGACGGUGACCGUCGGGGGCGGGCAGGCGGUGACGACGACGUACGGCUCUUACCCCGGCUCGUCGGCACCUACAUCUGCUGCGUCGACGGACCACAAGGUCGUCGUCGGCGGGCCGAACCAGCUCACGUUCAGCCCGGCGAAUAUCUCCGCGCAGGUCGGCGACACGAUCACCUUCGAGUUCCAUGAGAAGAACCACACCGCGACGCAGUCGAGCUUCGCCAACCCCUGCCGCUCCCUUACCGACACCUCCACGAGCGGACAAGUCGGCUUCGACUCCGGAUUCAUGCCCGUCAGCAGCGACGCCCCCACCUUCCCGACCUAUACCAUCAAAGUGAACGACACCGCGCCGCUCUGGGUGUACUGCAGGCAGGCGAACCACUGCGGGCAGGGCAUGGUCUUCGCCGCGAACGCGGUCGAGUCCGGCGCGAACAACUUCGCCGCGUUCCAGGCUAAGGCCAAGCAGCUCAACGGCACGUCCACCUCCAGCUCCUCAACGCCCUCCGCCACCAAGUCGAGCGCGGGCGAUAGGAGGAGCAACGUCCAUAGAGAUGCGGGCGUGGCGAUGGCGGUUAUCGCUGCGGCUGUCGGGAUGCUCCUAUAGUGAGACGAGGGAUACGACGCACGACACGACUGUUACGAUUCGUCUUUCGCUCUUGGGGCGCAGGCCACUGGUGGCCCGCGCAUAAUGGUCUCUCUUUGCUUGCCUAUCAUCCACGAAUGUAUCGAUAGAACUCGGACUUACUCGCGUAUACUGUAGCAUCUACGUAGUGUAAUACUACAGUCUUUUCUCUUGCCUAAUGCACAGACCGUUGGGAUCCCACCAGCAGCGCGAACGCAAGGUCACUCAAUCACCGCUCACAUCAUCAGCGUCGUCCGUAUACACCGCUACCUACGCAGCAGCAGCAGCACCGCCCUGCGCAUGCCCGCUCCUCGCCCUCCACUCCGCCAGCCAGUCC